AUGCGCGAGGCCGAGCUGGAGGCCUGCGAAAAGCCCCAGCAAUCGGCAACACAAAUGCCCAUCCAGACUGCGGCUAACAUCUCCGGUUUUUCAGGUGACUCUGCCAAGGGUGCCAAGCUCUUCCAGACUCGCUGCGCUCAGUGCCACACCGUCGAGGCCGGUGGUCCCCACAAGGUCGGCCCCAACCUCCACGGUCUCUUCGGCCGUAAGACCGGUUCCUCCGACGGCUACGCCUACACCGACGCCAACAAGCAGGCCGACGUCACCUGGGAUGAGAGCACUCUCUACCCCUACCUCGAGAACCCCAAGAAGUACAUCCCCGGUACCAAGAUGGCCUUCGGUGGUCUCAAGAAGGCCAAGGAGCGCAACGACCUCAUCACG